UGACCAUAGACUGCUUACAGAGUAAGGAAACCAACACAUAAUUUUGUAAUGUUGAUGAAAUAUCCCUUUAAUGUAUCCUGUAAAAGCGUGUGUCAUUUGCCUAGACACGCCCCCACAUCUUUCUCCUAAAAACAAGUUGGCAUUAAGUCAAGCAGCUCGAAAAAAUAUUUCUUGACAAGAUAACCAAAAACAAUCUAGCUCCUCUCAGUUUUUCCUCAGAUGGCUGGAGAGCCGAAACACAGCAACCAGCUCGAGCAGUUCAUGUUGCUGGCCAAAAAUACUAAAGGACCCGCUUUGAUUGCCCUCAUAAAACAAUUACUGGAAGCUCCGGGGGUAUAUGUCUUCGGAGAAUUCCUAGACCUCCCCUGCAUUCAACAGAUGUCAAAAGGUCCCAAUGAAGGCUACAGUCAACUGCUCAACAUGUUUGCCUAUGGCACAUACCAUGAUUAUAAAGCAUUCAAGGAUACUCUACCCCCCUUGACUGAGACCCAGAAGAACAAACUAAGGCAUCUGACCAUUGUCAACCUGGCUGCAAACAUGCAGGUGAUCCCGUACUCAGUGCUGCUGAAGGACCUGGAGGUGGGCAGUGUGCGUGAGCUAGAGGACUUGGUGAUCGAGGCUGUGUAUGCUGACGUGAUCCGGGGGAAGCUGGACCAGUGCAGGCAGCAACUGGAGGUGGACGCCUGCAUCGGCCGCGACAUCCGCUCCCAGGGCAUGGGCCGCAUCGCCAGCAUACUGGCACGGUGGUGUAGUGGCUGUGAGAGCAUCUCUGCGUCCAUAGAGCAGGAGGUGGGCAGGGUGAGCCACUGCAGAGAGAGCCACCUCAAAGCUCUGCAGCACAUCGAGACCGAGGUGGGUAACAUCCGCAGGAUGAUGUCAGCAACCACGUCUACGUCCACUCAGGACAUGGACCCUCUGGGGGAGCAGGAGGGGGAAGGGGCCAUGGCAGGCUCCGGGGCCGAGCGCAGGCAGACCCCCCUACAGAUGAUCUCCAAGGCCAAGAGCCUCAACAACCAGAGACACUGACCACUGUAGCCUGAGACGGGCAUGUACUGUUUCAUUAAGACAUAGGCUGCUCAAUGGUCUGAAGGGGCUUCCACGCCUUGUCUCCUUCCCUCAGUCUGCACUGCCUUUAAACAACUGAAAGGGAGGAGACAAGGAGAGUAAGACACUUUUGAGAUUUAUUCCAUGGGUUUGUGGGCCUGGACUAGGAAUCUUUUGUUUAAGGCACUAUCCUUUCCCCUGUUUUAUAAAAAGGAGAUGUAAAAGGUUGUUUCUAAUUUUUGUCUUUAAAAAAAUUGGGAUAAAGAGAGAAUGUAUUUCCUGUUAAAUGUGCCGAUUUUUGUCAUUUUAUUUGCUAAUAUCAAAUAUUAAAAGCUAUGUUUUCA